CUCUGACUCCGCACUCCUCCUCAUCGUGCCUCGCUCCGCUUUACUGUUUUUUACUCUCUGUCGGAUCACGUUGAUGAGUCUGCGGUCACCAUGAUGACUCGGGUGAAUCUGAGUAACUCCAACUGGGACAUUAAUGUGUCUCUGAACGAAGAGGAGGCGGCGGCCAUGCGCCGCGUGCUGGAGCGCGACUCGCGCCUCCGACGUGCGGAGCGACAGCGGGUCCAGAAGCUCCGGGAGGUGUCCAGGGAUGAUCGGUGGCUCUGGGGGGUAUCAGGACAAUGGUUCCAGGAGAUCAAGAAGGCCAACCGCGAGUACAAUUCCAGCUCUGGCUGUUGUUCUCCUGCCUCAUUUAGCAUCAGCAAAACAAGAAGCAAAGAGCGGAGAAUCACCGCUAAAGAGAAGAAUGAAGAACACACAAAGACUAGAGGCAUUCCGCUUCGAACCCGCCUCGCUUCACUCUUCUCCUUUAGGCUUCCACAAAAAAAGAACCACAGUAAGCUCAAGUAA